AUGGAUGAGGAGGAAGAUGAGGAGGAUGUGGAAAACAUCAAGGAGAAAGCAGCCUUUAUCGUUGAUAAGAUGCUGCAAGAUGCCAUGGAGAGUGUUAGACUCCUGAAAAAGGAAGAGGCAGGUGUCAAAUACAAAAUACCAAAUAUUACCUGGAUGAGGUGCAAAGAUUUCACCAUAGGAAAAGGCCUGUUGCAGAUUGAGGAAUAUAUGAGAACGUGGGAACUUCAUGAAAGUUGGCUACACUGGACCAACUAUCUCAAUAAUGAAGAACUCCAGUACAGCACCCAGUACCGUUACCGAGUCCGCUGGAGCAUCCCAACAUGUAGGAAGCCCAUCCCACGAGCAACAGCGUGUGUCUAUUUUGUCAUUGAGAUUUCCAAAAUCAAACCAUCAACCCUACCGAUUGAAGUAUUCUUUGUGGUGGAAACCAACAAGCUCAUCCACAGGCCAGGAAAAUCUCGCUUUAAGGAAAAGUGGCUCAAAGAUGUAAUUGAAAGUAAAAUAGUCAUGAUGGAGACUGUGGACUUUUAGUUCUUCUAGAAUGGUUAGAAAUUAAAAUCGCUGUAGGCGUCCUGCUUUUUUUUUUUUUUUGGUAAUAAAAUCUCCUGGGUUGCUGUAAUCAGACCCUCGUUUUGAUCUCUCUGUACAUUCAUAUAAAUGAAGCGCGGGAAGAAAAGUUUUAAUCAAACUGCAUACAUAUCCCGUAUCAAGGCCCUUACAUCUGCACUUUUGCUCCAGAAGAUGGGAGAGAUUACACCUGUCAAAUGUCCUUAUUUAAUGCAAUGUUAAGUCACCAGAGGUCCUCCCAAGGUGUGGCAAUGCAAGUCUCAAUGUUUCAACUAAUGUGGUGUUCAGGAGACACCAGAUUCCGGAAGGCAAGGUGAGAAAGGGAGGCUGGUCUACAGAAGCUAGGACCAUGAUCAUCUUUAUGCAGAACUCAAGAAUAUUGGACUUUGAUUCAAGAGCAGCCUGUGGGUCCCUAAACCAAAUGUAUUGAAUCUCUAACAAUUAGUGCCUCAUUUGCUGGAAUGAAUUGGGCUGCAUUUGGGGACAGCAAAUUGGGAGAGCAUUUCUCCCCACUGCCCCAAGAUAUUUCACAGAAUGAAUGCCUUCAACUUGAGAGUCACUGUAGUUUAGCAGUUUUGGAGUUGAAGUCUGAGAAAACUCAUGUUUGACUACACUUCUUAGUUUAUGGAACCUCACAGGUCACAGGGUGACCUUGCAUCAGUUAUUCUCUCAGCCUGAUCUGUCUCACAGAGCUAUUGUGAGGAUAGCAGUGGAGAAGGGCGGGCU